AUGUCCAAAAUUUCUGCACGAGUGAUGAUAAUCUCUGACACUCACGAACAUAGCCUCAAUGGAGCGAGCAUGCCCGAGGUUGAUAUCCUCCUCCAUACUGGCGAUCUAACCAAUUUUGGUGAAUUGGAGGCCUUGAAAGAGUCCGUCAAGAUGAUGGGUACUAUCGAGGCCGAGUUGAAAUUGGUUAUUGCCGGGAAUCAUGACAUAUCCCUUGAUGCGCAAAACCGGGUUGAAAAUAUUUCUGACGACGAGUAUUCCGAAUAUCAUCAUUCCGCCCUCGAAAUCAUGACAGGUCAAUUGGCGAAAGAUGCCGGUGUUGUCUAUCUCAAGGAAGGUACUCAUACAUUCUCACUUAAGAAUGGUGCUAAAUUCACAGUCAAGUUUCAAUUGCCCACCAAUCCUAUUCCUGAAGGUGUUGAUAUCGUCAUGACUCACGGUCCUCCACAUACGAUUCUGGACCAAGUUGAUGGCUCUUAUAAAGGAUGUCGUAAUCUUCUUCGUGCCGUAAGCCGUGUUCGACCACUUAUGCAUUGCUUCGGACACAUCCACGAAGGAAAUGGCGCGAAUCUUGUAACCUGGAAACCAGAUGGUAGCAUAAAGGAUCCAUCAUCAGCUACACCGAUGGAGACAGAACAAGUUAAUGAGUAUCCAUAUACAAAUGAGUGGCCAAUCCAAUCUGGAAAACAAACUCUUAUGGUAAAUGCGGCGAUCAUGAUGAACACUGCAAAAGGAAUGCGUCCAAAUUAUAAGCCCUUCGUAGUAUCACUUGAUCUGCCUCGCCAUCAUUGA